UCAGCACGCAAAAGGCCACGACUAGUGCCCGAAUUCCGGCCAUAUCGUCCCAAAUCCCGACGAUAAUCGCCGGGAUUUGGCCUGAAAAUUACACAGACAUCAAUUCCUCGCAAUAAAUGUGGGCACAGAUUCCGUUUCGCAGUUUCCUCUCUCUCAAUUUUGCAGCUCUCUCUCUCUCUCUAGAAUUGGGCCUGCACAUCUUCAAGGAGAUCACUGGCUGGUAAACCAGGUUCACCCUGAGUCCUCUCUCUCUCUUCUCUCUCUCCUCUCUCUCUCUCUCUCUCUCUCUUUCUUAACGUCUUUACGUCUUUUGCACUCUUUCACAAUUCUAUCUCCUUCUAAUCUCUGUAUUCCUAAAUCUGUGAACGCUAGCAUCUUUCUCUCUAAACCUCUCUCCGUGUUUCUAACUAUGUGAACCUUAUUAGUCGCCUUUCUCUCUCUAACGCUGUCUCUAGCUCUGUGAGCGUUGUUAGCCAUCUUUCUCUCCCUAGGCCAAUCUCUAAACUCUCUCUGUAAACGCCUUUGGUCUUUCUCUCUCUACAGGCCUUUCUCUCUCUCUUAACCUUUUCAACCAUCUCUCUUUGGGGCUUUUAUGCAUAUUUUUUAUUCUAUCAUCUCUCUCCUUGAUCAAUAACAGUCUGGUUGUGAUGGAUAAUCACCCAUUUCUACCUAAAAAACACACCCCUGAAAUACAAAUAAGAAACCACCUCUCUUCCCUUCCUGAACAUGAAGAAAUUGGCAUCCCUCUCUCUCCUGCUCUCAAAGAAAUCUUAAUCUUUGGAGAUAGAAAUAACCCACCUCCUGACUUUUGCUCUGAAGCUUCAGAAGAAGCAGAGGACCUUCUGCAUCCUCUCAUUGACCACCCUACUGAUAAGGCGAACCUCAGCAAGAAACACACUCUUCAUCGCUCUAAAACGGCUCCAGCCAUGGCAGUAAUGAGAGACGGAAAACCCGAAAUUCAAAAACCCCAUUUUGGGUCCUUUUCUAUUGUCAAACAAGCAGUUGUUCUUCUAUUCCUCUAUCUCUCUCUAGGUGUUCUCAUCUAUGCUUUUAAUAGAGACCAUUUUUCAGGUAAUGAAACACACCCUGUUAUCGAUGCUCUCUACUUCUGUAUAGUGACUAUGUGCACAAUUGGUUAUGGUGAUAUAACACCCCAAACCGACUUGACAAAAUUGUUUGCUUGCCUUUUUGUUUUGGUGGGUUUUGGGUUUAUUGAUAUUUUGUUGAGUGGAAUGGUGAGCUAUGUGCUUGAUUUGCAAGAGAAUUUGCUUCUCAGUAAUGUUAGGGGAAGAAGAGAAACUGGGGUAGCUAGAAGUUAUAUUGUGGAUGUAGAGAAAGGAAGAAUGAGGAUAAGAAUGAAGGUUGCUUUGGCGUUGGGUGUGGUGGUUCUGUGUAUUGGUGUUGGGACUGGGGUCCUUCACUUAAUUGAGCAAUUGGGGUGGCUUGAUUCCUUCUAUCUCUCGGUUAUGUCGGUCACGACGGUUGGUUAUGGAGAUAGGGCUUUCACGACAUUGCCUGGUCGACUCUUUGCUUCGGUUUGGCUCUUGGUUUCAACCCUUGCUGUUGCAAGGGCUUUCCUUUAUUUGGCGGAGUGGAGGAUUGAUAAGAGACAUCGAAGGGUGGCCAAUUGGGUCUUGCAUAGGGACAUGACAGUAGAUGAUUUGCUUGCUGCCGAUGUUAACCAGCAUGGGUUUGUCAGGAAAAAGAUUUCAUGAGCCAAUGGCCGUAUACUAUAGCAUAAGCCUGUUGGAGCUAGAGGGGUUUUUAGAUCCCAAAUUUUGCACACAUGUUUAUCUCAAAAAAAAGAAGGAAAAUCCACCAUAAAAGUGUUCCAAAUUGAUUCAGCCUCUAACAGGGAAUAUAAGCUGUUCAUUCGAUCUAGGCAGUUAAGAAAUCAAAGUCAAACUUUCCCUCUCCCCUUGAAAUUGUCCAUUUGUCGAGCCAAAGAUGCACAGGGUUUCUACCCAAAAGAAAAAUGCCUCCAGCUAUGUUUUUUGGUCAAUGGGCUUAUGCCCUAUAAAUAUGAGAGGCUUCUUUUGCUCCUUCGUUUGUUGGCAGGAAUGAACUUUAACAUCAUGUUGUGGCAGCUUUGUCAAUUAGUUGGAAAAAGGCUUUGAGGAUGAUGAUAUUGUAGCAGCUUGUCACCCUAACCACCUAGGAUUAGAGGUCAUUCCUAAAAAGUAGGUUUGUCACAAUAAGCCCCCAAGUUUGGAACCCAUGACUUCUUGACAAGGCUUGGGGAAGUCUACCACUGCGUGAGUAAAAAAGAGGUCUUUUGUUUUAUUACUAAUUAUUUUCUAGUGUAUGCUACAGGCAAUUAAUCUAAUGUUCUCACAUGGGUUCGGUGUGCAGUGACGCCCCACUUGGAGGAUUGUGAUUAUUAUGGAUGAGAUUGCAGAUCUUUGUGAACUCUCUCACAAUUCUUUGAGAAACCAAUGCUAAGGCUGAUUCCCUUGCUUUUACAGUGGGGAGUCAGUAAGAAGGCCUUGAUUAGGGGCCUCUCUUUUUUGUCUUAUUAAUCAUAUGCUCUUUCAUUGGUUGCUUCAUAAGCAACUUGAUGUAUGCAUUAUUUUAAAGUUUUUACACUAUUCACUUAUCAAAAGCAAAAAUGUCAUAGACAUUUUGUGUAGUUAGUGGGGGGCUUUAUGAAUUUUUUAACCUUAGAUGUAUAUGUUUAUCUUAUAGAUAAUGUUUAGUAAAGCAAACUGUAAGCAACAAGUUGUAUGGGACUCAGAGAGACAAUGAUGUCCCUAGUUGUAUAUAGUAAUACUUGUACUCUAUGUGAUGAUGCAGGGUUUGACUAAGAGGCCCCGGACUAUUAUUGAUUCAUUACCCAAACAAAUUCAAAAUUAGAAUCACGUAGAUAGAACAGAAAGUUCUGUGAAUGAAUGAACGCUGAUUAUCUUUUGUUGGGAAUUUCAACUUAGAAGAUAAGAUCCUAUCAGAGUUGACGUGUUUGUUUAAGGCUAUGGGCAUAAACCUGUACCAUGUAUUUUCAGGAGGUCAUGGGCUAUGAGUUAAGAGACCCAUGAAUAUAAUAGGAUAUUUGCUCUUAGAUUGAUAGCUAAGCGUUAGCCGGCAUCCACUUAUGAUAUUCUGUAAAAUGUCAAAUCUCUCUCUCUCUCUCUCUCUCUCUCUCUCUCUCUCCCCCCAUAGAAUCGUUCAAUCACCCUCUGCUUUUCAAGUAUUUUAUGGUUAGUUAGUCUUUCCUAUU